AAACUCACUUCAGUUUAGUUUGAAACCGGAAGUCAUCCCCUCGCCAUGACUACGGAGGUAUCGGAGUGAAUUGUAGUAUUAUUUUUAAUUUUCUUAAGGUUUUACUUUCUUUGAGGCGUUAAUUUUAACAAAAUAAUGUCACGUAGAUCUGGAAGGACUUGCGCAGUUAUUGGUUGUUCGAACAGCAGCGGCAAACUUCAGAAAUGGAACAAAACUGAAUGCAAAGAACACAGGCCUUUACUUUAUGAAAACUGUCCCUGUCUACGACCGUUUAGUUUACACAGGUUCCCUGGAAGGGCUGAACACAAAGACGUUCUGCAGAAGUGGGUGGAAAAUAUUAACAGAAAGGACUUUAUUCCCAACAUCAACAGCACGGUGUGUGGAGUGCAUUUCCCGGAGGGUAAACCAACAAAAGAAAAUCCAUAUCCAGUACUACACAUGGGCUAUGAUCAUUAUGGUGCAAUGUCUGGUCAAGGUCCCCCCAAAAGAAGAUGCCUGAAGUCCCUUGCAAUUAACACCUCAUGUGUUGAGUCUGAAAAAUCUGCCAUAGAAGAUAAUGUCAGUCAUUUUGAUAUUGAGCCCCUGCUUGAGAGUGAUGUGGACGUCCAGUGGUCAGAGGACCAGGCCAUUGCUGCAGAACACAACUAUUGCUCUAAGCUGACGACAGACUGUGCAACACAAACUGAUCCUGCACCGUCACUGUCAGCCCAUGACCUGAAUGAAGAAGAUUCUAAGUUUUUUACAGGCAUAGGAGUACAUUGUUUUUGGCAGCUAUUGUAUGCCCUUGUAGCUCUUGUCCCACAGCCAAUGAUCAUGACGCUGGCUGUUCAUGAUCAGUUACUACUUGUUCUAAUGAGACUUCGUCUGGGUUUGAUGUUCAGAGACUUGAGUAAAAGGUUUGGCAUAAGUAGGCGCACAGCCUCUGAGAUCUUUUCACUCUGGAGACCAAUACUUGCUCAGUUUAUGAGGGAAAAUGUGAUUGCUUGGUUACCAAGAAACACACUGAAAAGAAUAAGGCCUCAACAUUUCAGUGAACAUUAUCCACAUGUAACAUGUAUAGUAGAGUGCACUGAAUUAUGCGUACAAAAACCAAAGUAUUUAAAAAAUGUACCACAAAUACACAGCAACUCCAAACAACUUAACACCUACAAAGUCUUAUAUUGCAUGGCCCCUAAUGGUUAUGUGAUGUUUGUAUCAAAGUUGUUUGGUGUUGAGGCCAGUGAUGGUUUUAUCACAAAAAACAGUGGCUUUGCUGAUCACCUGAUUCCUGGUGAUCAGAUCUUAGCAGGUCAUGGGUUUUCCAACACAGAUGAGCUGCCUCCAGGAGUGACCUUGGCUACUUUUACACAAGACUGCAAAGAACUUUUUGAGCAUGAAGUAACAGAAACGCGUCGCUUUGCGAAUUUCAAAAUCCACUUUGAACGUGCACUUAAUAGGUUGAAAGGUUUUAAAAUUCUAAGUAAUGUAAUCCCUCAUACAGUAAAACAUGUUGAUGACAUUGUGAGUAUUUGUGCAGGACUGUGUAACUUGCAACCUUAGUGAAUCCAGGAUCAAAUGGAGAAGGAAUUAGUAUCUAAAUUUGAUGAUGGUGAAAACUUACUGUAGAAGAGCAAGAAGGACAGAAAUAUUCAUGGGACAUCACAGAGGACAUUCAGAAAAACUCUUCUUUCUUUAGUGGUGACUGAUGUACUCCAAAAGUCCACUUGGAUGAGAGACUGAGCUGCUAACAAUGUUCAACAAAUAUACAAUGUUUUUUAACAGCUGUGUUCAACAUGACAAAAUAUGAGAGAUUUUUAAGAACUUAAUAGAAGUGAUGGUGAUGUCUUUUAAUAUCCUUAUAAGUUUGAGUAAAAGAAAAAUGUCAUGAGGUCCAGGGUGCAGUAGAAGUAAGUUCAAUAAGUAAGAGGAGAACCUUUUGUGCUUGCAGUUAGUCAUUUCAGAAAGUCAUUUGUGACCCUUUCACUUGUGUAAAUAAAUUGUUUAAGGCAAAGUUGACUCAUUAAAGUCCAAUGAAAGGCUGUAGUUUGUGAACUUUUAUUACUCAGUGGGCAAAUUUGGUAGCUAUCAUUGGUAGUUGAUGUUUAAAGUAAACCUUUAGACAGCCGACUGUCCAUUGUUCAUUCGUGGUUGUAUGGCACAUCCACAAUAUGUACAUUUGGGGUUGAUUCAAGGAACUCCAACUUUGUUUCAUUUCCACAGUUAAUGGCAAGCUGGACCUGGUGACAGCAGCCUAAUCUUGAUGCUGUUUUCUCAAGAGCCUAUUGCACAUUUAUAUAUUUUCCAUAAUAUUAGUUUUAAUGUCUGCAGUACUUAAACUGACCGGAAAGAAGGUUGAGUGGAUGUUUAAUUUCUGUCUAUUCUUUAUUCUGGCUGUUAACCAAUUUCUAGCCAAGGAAAAAUCAGUAAGCCAAUUUUAAUCUUAAAAAAAAAAACUUAUGUUUUCUGCAAGAUCUUUAAAAGGAAGAAUUUUGCUCUCAAAGGCUAAAGAAUAAUCAAGGUUAGUUUAUGCUGUUUAAUUAAUGGAUGUAAGUCCUCAUGUCCAAAAGAUAAAGCCCGUUUAGAUUAUGUUUUUCUGGGUGGACUUGAUGGUUUUUAUUUUACUAUAAUAAAU